CUUUGUUUUUGUUUUGAGGGAUAUACUAGUCUGUUUCAUUUUUCAGUCCUUUGGGUUUCAAGAAAGGCAUUUGUUUGCCGGUCAUAUCCCUUAAAAAUUGAUUCUUUAGCAUCUUUAUUCAUUGUAUAAAUUUAGUUUCCAUUUUUUCAUGAUGCUUCUUUUUUUAUACAAAAGAUAUAAUAGAUCUUUGGUUCUGUUCUGGAUUUUCAACAAGAGUUUAAUUUGCUAGUGUUCAAUGCAUGACUAAAGACAUGUUUCAUUUCAAGCCAUAAACAAUGUCGGAGCCAGAAUUUUCACUAGGUCGCAAUAUGAAGAAGUUAUAUCAUCAUGAAUAAAGCUGUAGAUACUCCACGCUGUUUCACUUCUUGAACAAGGCCAUUCUUUGAUCAGCAAAUGCAGGAUUUCUUCCCAAAGGAUUCUGAGCUGCAACAAAUGUCGACAUUUCCUGGUCCUCAGAACUCCAAGGAGUUGAAUUUUCGUUCUCAAGAUCAGGAUUCCUCGUCUACACAAUCAACGAGUCAAUCAUGUCCUGAAGUCACUAAUGAAGGAGAAAGAAAAAUCCACGGGAAAGGCAUUAUGCCUUUGCAAGCAGGCAGUUUUAGAAGUAGUGGGAAGUCCGAUGAUUCCCUAUGCGUGUCAAAUCAGGAGCAUGGUUGGACUUAUCAUACGUGUCAGAAAAAUUCUGUUCAAUCCCAAAUGUUAGGCACGGUUUCUCCUCGUGUGCCUCUUCCAGUUGAUCUUCAGCAAGAUGAACCCAUAUUUGUCAAUGCAAAACAAUAUCAGGCUAUUCUCAGGCGUAGACAAUACCGUGCUAAGCUGGAGGCUCAAAACAAACUCUCUAAAGCCCGGAAGCCGUAUCUCCAUGAGUCCCGUCAUCGUCAUGCAUUGAAUAGGGCUAGGGGACCCGGUGGGCGCUUUGUCAAUAAGAAGAAGCCCCAAGAGUCCAAAUUCCCUGAUUUGAUCAAUGGUCAAGACGAUCAGGUACCUGAGCAUGAACUGCAGCUCAACACAAAAAUGUUGGAGCUCGAUGUUCAUCAAUCCGGAAGCUACAAGGGAAGCUCCUCCACACCGGUUUACUCAAGCAUCGCUAGUGGCUCGAACAGUGCUGCUAUUUACCAUCAUCAGCCACUUAAAUACUCUGCCUUCUCAUCGUGCAUCGGAGGGACCUCACAGCAGAACAAAGAGAAAGAUCACAUCAGCAAUCCAGGUUUAUCGUCUUUUUGAUGGAAGUGUUGCUAUUAAAAGUGGGAUUGGCUAUGUUAAUAUUGUAGUACUUAUUUGCUAACUAUAUAGUUGGUCCACAGCUUGGCAUGGUUGUUUUCUGUUUACGGCUUUAACUACCUCUCUGUAAAGAGUCUUAUUUAGUUAAAGAGUGAAAGUUAUAUAAACCGUUGGUUUAAGGAAUUUUUUGCACUAUCAAGUUACUAUUACCUGUUGUGGCAUGCAGUGUGAGCAUAAGUUAUCAGAAAGGGAAAAAACAAACUGAGAAAGUUAAUGCAGAGGAUUGGUUAUGUUCUUUUUAUCUCAAUUAUUAUAAGGAUUUAAGUUAUAUACAUGUGAAUUAUUCUAA